AUGGGCUCAGACGACAAUUCGCCCCAACCCGUAUCGGACUUUGUUCCUGGAACAGUCCUCCUCGUUGACUUUGAUGGCACCUUGGAUACUCGCCAUGCUCAAGGUCAUCGGGAUAUCGUUCUCGUACCAACACCCUCUGAUGAUCCAGAUGAUCCCUUGAACUGGAGUCGAUGGAGAAAGACUCUACUCAUGGCGACUCUAUGCGCAUACUGCCUUGCCGUUGGUAUUGCUUCGGCCGCGAUCUACUCCGUUCUUGUUCCAAUUUCAGCUGCCACCGGCCUUACUGUCGGUGAUCUGAACUCUGGAACUGGAUACAUGUUCUUGACCUUUGGCUGGGGAUGUCUCAUCUGGCAGCCUCUGGCACAGAAGUUCGGCAAACGCCCUGUGUACCUUUUGUCCUUACUGGGAACAACUGGAAUGAUGAUCUGGGCCCCUCAUGCAACCACAAAUGGCCAAUGGAUCGCCAACAAGCUCCUCCAAGGGGCCUUUGGUGCUCCCAUCGAGUCGCUCUGCGAAAUCUCCGUAUCAGAUGUCUACUUUGCGCACGAGAGAGGCACAUAUAUCGCUUACUACGCUUUGUUCCUUGGAGGCUCAAACUUUGUUGCACCUGUCAUCUCUGGCUUCAUAAACGACGGACAAGGUUGGGAAUGGGUUCUCCACUGGUGCGCCAUCUUCAACGCGAUCGCAUUCGUCAUUUGCCUGUUCUUCAUGGAGGAAACCAAGUACAACCGAAAGGCCACCCCACUCCAUCUCAACGAUCCUGUCGAUGUAAACAAACCGACCGAGUCUCCUACCGAUGGUAAGAAAGAACUAGAGUCGCAGACUACUUCAAAUGUAGAUGUAGUCAACGGCACCGUUCUCCCCUCAUCCAAGACAUUCCUCGACAAGAUGAAGAUCUUCCGAAGCGAGCAUAUUCAAGACAGCGUUCCCUUGAAAGGAAUGCUCAUUCGACCCUUCAAAUACUUCUCCUUGCCUAUUGUUGUGUUCUGUGGCUUCAUGUACGGCGCUGUUGUCUGCUACUUCAAUGUCCUCAAUGGUACAGCAUCGAUCAUUCUCUCGGCUCCUCCAUAUUCAUUCAAAGCAAGCUCUGUUGGUCUCUGCUACAUAGCUACAGUCAUUGGAGUCUUUAUUGGGUCAUUCUUCUCGGGCCCGAUUGGAGACAAGUUCGUCCUCUACAUGACGCGCCGUAACAACGGUAUCCGCGAGCCUGAAUACCGCCUCUGGCUUUAUGCUGUUCUGGGCCUACUCGUACCAGGUGGACUACUACUCUGGGGCGUCGGAGCUGCUCAUCAGAUUCACUGGUCAGGACUCUUGAUCGCCUUAGGAAUCUUAGGUUCUGCAAUCACUGCAGGCUGUCAGCUCCCUCUCAGCUACUGCAUCGACUGCUACACCGAGCUUGGCUCUGACGCUAUUGUCACAAUCAUUGUGAUUCGCAACACUAUGAGCUUUGCCAUUGGCUACGGUGUCACUCCCUGGGUUACAGGAAUGGGCUAUCAAAACGCUUUUCUUGUCGCUGCCUUUGUUGCAAUGGCGCAGUUCUCUCUUGCCUUUGUCUUCAUCAAGUAUGGCAAACAACUUCGACGAAACAGCACUGCGAGCUAUUUCAAGUACCUCGAGCAGGUAAAGAAUGACGGCCUCAUUCACUAA